GUUUUCAUGGGCAAAAACAUUUAUUUAUCUAUUACAAAAUUAUUCACCAUCUGGUCUUAGUUUAGUAAAACUCCAUUCUUGGCUUUAUCAUGUUGAUGAAUCAAUUCGUGAAUAUGGUUCAAUGAAUGGUUGGACUACAGAAACCUAUGAGAGUCUUCAUAAAGAUUAUGUUAAAACACCAUAUAGAUCAAGUAAUAAACAUGAUAUUAAUACUCAGAUUAUUGGAUCAAGUAUCAAGUUAACUUCUCCUGGAAUUGAUUUCCUAUUAUCAGAUUUUGAUAAUGCUCAUAUGAAUCUUUUUAACAAAGGGGCUCAUGAAUUAACAUUACUUGGGUUGGAUCAAUUAUUGAAAAAAGUUAAUGUUUGGCUUAAGGGUGAUUCUAAAAGUGUACAUAUACAACUCUUUCAUUCUGCAACUUGGUCUAUUGGUGGUAAAAUAUAUGCCAAAAAUAAUCAUUACCAUCAUCCUUGUUUUUCUGAUAUUGCAAUAAAAAUGAGUAUAGAUGAGAUUGAUACAUAUGCAACAGCAGAUGGAUUAUGCUUUGCUAAGGUCUUAUUAUUAUUCUGUUUAAAUGAAGGGUCUAUAACAAUGGAUCUUGCAGUAGUUCAAUGGUUUGACUUUAAAUACAAGUCAGAAGAUUUGCAUAUGAAAUAUGGUUGUCCAUAUAUAAAAUUAACCAAUGAGUAUGAUAUAAUUCCCAUAGAAUCAAUUGCAGAUCUAGUUCACAUUGUGCCACACUUUGG